GUUAAGCCAGUCUUUGUUAUUCUCCAGACUCGGGGAGGGAGACGUAAAAAGGAGGAGAAAAAGAAGAAAGGAUGGCACAAAUACACCAGCUUCCGGCGCAAGGACGGGCGGAUCACCAGUACUUCAAGCUGUUGAGUGGCCACACCAUCCCCGCGGUGGGGCUUGGCACCUGGAAGUCUGGUUCCAAGGCCUCCGAAGCCGUCUCCACCGCCAUCAUCGAGGCAGGAUAUAGACAUGUGGAUACAGCAUCACAGUAUGGAAUUGAGAAAGAGGUGGGACAAGGCCUCAGAGCUGCAAUGCAGGCAGGGAUAGAAAGAAAAGACCUGUUCAUCACAUCCAAGCUAUGGUAUGAAUUCAUCACAACUCCGCUCUCCUUUUUCCCCUCUUCCAAAAACGAAAAAGGGGUUAGUUUUUGUAUAUGUAAGUGCACGGAUUUGUCCCCUGAUAGGGUCCGAGUCGCAUUGAAGAAUACACUCCAGGAUCUACAACUUGAUUACCUGGAUCUUUACCUGAUCCACUGGCCCUUUCGCUUGAAAGAAGGAGCACAUAGGCCACCAGAAGCAGGAGAAGUACUAGACUUCGACAUGGAAGGAGUGUGGAGAGAAAUGGAACAGCUAGUGAAAGAUGGACUUGUUAGGGAUAUUGGUGUUUGUAAUUUCACACUCAAGAAGCUAGACAAGCUACUCCAAAUUGCACAGACGAAGCCUUCAGUGUGCCAGAUGGAGAUGCACCCUGGUUGGAGGAAUGAUAAAAUGUUGGAGGCUUGUAAGAAGAAUGGAAUCCUAAUCACUGCUUACUCUCCGCUCGGAUCACAGGAUCAUGGUCGUGAUCUUAUCCAUGAUCCUACUGUUACAAAGGUAGCAAACAAGCUAAACAAGACCCAGGGGCAAAUCCUGGUGAAAUGGGCACUUCAGAGGGGGACCAUUGUCAUACCCAAAUCAACAAAUGCUGAAAGAAUAAGGGGAAACAUUCAGGUUUUCGGAUGCGAAAUCCCUGAAGUGGACUUUCGGGCUUUGAGCAGCAUCAGGGAUCAGAGGAGGGUCUUGGAUGGAGAAGAUCUGUUUGUGAACAAGAGCCAUGGUCCAUACAGGAGCGCAGCUGACCUGUGGGACAAUGAGGACUAGCUUGCUUGGUUUUCUUCUGUCUGAACGUUAAAGAAUAAAAUGCAUGGUGCAGUGUGGAUGUAUAACAUUUGUUUUAUUUAUUUAUUUAUUUUUUAUUGUGAUAACAUUUAUUAUGUUAUGUUAUUUAUUUCGUGC